AUGCUCCAGCGCAAGCAAAGCGAGAGCACAGUCACCAAGAAGCGGCCACUGUACGAAUUCCGGCGCGCGCACGGCGGCAGCGCCGUGCCCAGCGAAGACGGACCUCCGCUAGGCAUGGCGUACGUCCACCAGCGCGUGCAAUGCGUGGAGGUUGCCUCGGCCGAGACGACCCCGCGCCGUAUCAACCGGUACAGCAGAGCCGAGCGCCGCGCGAUUUUCAAGAAACUCAGCUACCCGUCGCGGCUGGUGGAAGACUUUAGCGCAGACGCUGCGCACAUCCGCGCAUCGCGCCGGGCCACCAAGUGCGAGCUGCGCCUGGAGCGAAAACGAGCCGUGGACGACGAGCCUGGACGACUGGGAUAG